CUCAAACUAACCAUCAGUUAUUACAAGUUCUUUGUGCUUUGUACAUCAACUACUCAAAACCAAUUCAACAUGAAAUUCUUCGCUGUUUUGAUUGCUUUCGCUGCUGUCGUUUGCGUUGUGUUGGCCGAUAAAAUGGACAAGAAGGAAGGUAUGGUCUCAUCCAGCUAUGGCGCUCCAGCUGCCCCAUCAUAUGGAGGUGGUGCAUCAUACUCAGCUCCACCAUGCCCCAAGAACUACUUGUUCAGCUGUCAACCAAGCUUGGCCCCAGUUCCAUGCGCUGCUGGUGGUGGAUAUGCUGGAGCAUACUCCGAACAAGUUCCACAAUACGCUUAUCCACAAUACGCUCCACAAUAUUGAAGAUAAUAACAAUGAGGCAUAAAUUUGGACGAAUUUUUGACACAAUAACGAGCUGGACUUGGUUAAAUGUAUUUGUUAUGGCUUUACUGUUUUUAAAAAUAAAUACGCUUAAUAAUUUCGAUUGAAAAAAAAAAA